GCUGCACGACAGGUCAGCACAUCCGGCUCAGCCAUGGCCCAGUCCCAGCUGGUGUGCAUGGAGGACGGCCGCAUGGGGGUCCACGUCCCGGAGUCCAAACCCGAGUUCUACUACAGCGAGGAGCAGCGCGCCGCCAUCGAGGAGCUGCUGCGGAACGGAGACGGAGCCUUCAAGACCAGACUGAGGGAUGACAACAUGAAGGACUUCCUCUCCGCCAGGGAAGUCAAAGUGUUCACUAGCACGUUCAGGCAGUUCGAGUCCGCUGAGGAGGAGAAACAGGGGGGCAGCGGCCCGGAGCAGGACGCGGACUCCGGGGUCCACUCCACCUACUGGCCCCAGGAGUCCGACACGGAGGUGCCGCCCCUGGACAUCGGCUGGCCCAGCGGGGGGAUGUUCAAGGGUCUGACCCGCGUGACCGUGCACACGCACCCGCCCAGAGAGGAUGGACCCCACCUGAAAGAGGUGGUGCGGAGGCUCAUCCAGGGGGCCAGCAAGGUGAUAGCGAUAGUGAUGGACAUGCUCACAGACGUCCAGAUCCUUCAGGACCUGAUGGACGCGUCCUCGCGACGCUCCGUGCCCGUCUACAUCCUGUUGGACCACCAGGGGGUGCCGCACUUCCUGGACAUGUGCUCCAGGCUGCAGAUUGGCUCACAGCACCUCCGGAACAUCAGAACCAGAACGCUGCGAGGGAUCGGGUUCUGUUUGUCGUUCGGCAGAUUGCCGGGUUCCCUCUGUAACAAAUACAUGUUGGUGGACGGAGACAAAGUCGUGUUCGGCACCUACAGUUUCUCCUGGUCUUCAGCUCGUAUGGACCGGACCAUGAUCACUGUGAUGACGGGUCAGGUGGUUGACUUCUUUGACCAGGACUUCCGGGAACUUUACGCCGUCUCUGAGAAGCUGGACCUCUACAAGGAGUUCCACGUCAGCCCGCCUGCUGCUGGCGCCACCGGCACGUUACCUUCCAAGGCCGGGACCAAACGUCCACCUCUACCUGCCACCACCUCCCGCUUCCAGGUCACGUUAGGGGAUUCACGGAAUGACCAAAUCGAGGUGCCUGCGCAUAAAUACUACAACCCCAAGUACUCGCUGGCGUUCGGGGACCACAUACGUCCGGCUGUGUCUCUGCAGGAGCCGGGAACUAAGAGGGGGACGAUUCACAGGAAGUCCCCUGAGGAGCUGGAGCAGGAGAAGACCGGAGUGACCAGCAGUGAGAGGAUGGAACGGUUGAGCCCGUUGCCGGCGGAGACCCCGAGUGAGAUCUUCAAGGCACUCAAGCCAGUGGCGCAGGACAGGAAGCUCACAUGGAGGAGAUUAUUCAAGAAAUCGUCCAGAAAGCCUCCAGUUAACAGCGUCGCGAACAGCACGUGCCCCUCAGCCACAGAAACCAGUCAGACCAGUGAGACGCCGUCUAAACCGAAGGGAAAGAAGGUUCAGAGGACAGAGUCCCAGCAAACAGUCAACUCCACACAGGACACCCAGAGUGUUAAGAGAGACAAAAACAAGUGUAAACCCUCCUGAGGUGAACUUGUCCACAGUCUCAACAUGGAGCAGAACAGGACGUCCCUGAGACUAUCCUAUUCCUGGAUUGUGCAGUAUCGAUUUCACCCAGUGCCUUCAGGAAAGAGCCAAUAAAUGGAUAAUUCACCAGGUGCUUGGUUCAUGUUUAGUGCCUAAUACAGAAUAAAAUGUGCAAGGCAUCAUGGGAUAUCUGUUAACUGGUUGGCUGCCUCUUGUUUCUCAUGAAACUUUAGGGCUUUAGAUAUUUAGGUUUUACUCCUUCCCCUUGUGGACACUGUGAGCAUUGCACUUUUUAGUGCACAAAAUGUAAAGUUUGCACAAAUCUUCUUCAGAUGUUGGAA